CGAUACAAUUAGACAGAAAAACGUCGUUUCAUGUGUUCAAUGUCGGGGCGCCUAUACACGCAUAUACAUUCCUCGUACAUAUGAUCGGUGGUGAGUCCAGUGUGGAUACCGGAUUGUUUUUGAGCGAGUGCAACGUACAGGACCAGAAAACGGAAUUGACAAAACAGUGUUGUCACGUGGUCAUUGCGUGUCUUCUUUGAUUUGGUACCAGAACGAGAUUUUCUUGGGGAGACUGCAGACGGAAAAAAUUCUCAAUUAAAAUCUCACUCGUUCGGAGGCAAUUUCUCAGACUGCUGGCGCACUGCAACCUAAAGCAAUAAGAAUGGCAAGUUCUCCAGUGUUGGAGAACGAGGAUAGGACAGAAGUCCUCGACGAACCACUCUUCAGCACCCUCGACAUUGUACUCCUCAGUGCCCUUUUAUUGGCCGCACUAUGGUGGCUGAUGCGCAGAAACAAACAGGAAGAAUACACACCCGCCACAAAAUCCUAUUCGAUCCAACCAACAAUGUUUCCUACGGUGCAAACGUCGGAAAAUUCGUUCAUAAAGAAGUUGAAGAGUUCUGGAAGAAGUUUGGUAGUAUUUUACGGUAGCCAAACUGGAACUGCUGAGGAAUUCGCCGGUAGGUUGGCCAAAGAAGGUAUCCGGUAUAAGAUGAAAGGCAUGGUGGCCGAUCCCGAAGAAUGUGAUAUGGAAGAGCUAAUGCACCUGAAAACAAUUCCAAACAGCAUGGCAGUGUUUUGUCUAGCUACAUAUGGAGAAGGUGAUCCUACAGACAACGCUAUGGAAUUUGUUGAUUGGCUAAAAAAUGGAGAUGCUGAUUUAAAUGGAUUGAAUUAUGCUGUAUUUGGGCUUGGAAACAAAACAUACGAACAUUACAAUGAGGUGGCUAUAUAUGUUGAUCACAGAUUAGAACAACUUGGUGCUACACGCGUCUUCGAACUCGGUUUGGGAGAUGAUGAUGCUAAUAUAGAAGAUGAUUUCAUCACGUGGAAGGAUAAGUUUUGGCCGACAGUUUGCGACUUCUUUGGAAUUGAAGGCGCUGGCGAGGACGUUAGCAUCAGGCAGUACAAGCUAACUGAACACGUUGAUUUGCCAGCUGACCGCAUUUACACCGGUGAAUUAGCUCGUCUUCACUCGUUUAAGAAUCAGAGAGCACCAUUCGAUGCAAAGAAUCCCUUCUUAUCUCCAGUAAAGGAAAAUCGCGAGCUUCACGGCUCAGCUUCAGAAAGGUCGUGUAGACACAUAGAAUUUGAUAUAGAGGGGUCAAAAAUGCGUUACGAAGCUGGUGAUCAUUUAGCAGUGUACCCUGUAAAUAAUGCAGAGCUAGUGAAUAAAAUUGGAGAAAAGUGUGGUGCAAAUUUGGACACGGUGUUCACUCUUACAAACACAGAUGAGGAAUCUACGAAGAAGCAUCCAUUCCCUUGUCCAUGUUCUUAUAGAACUGCUUUGACGCAUUACUUAGAUAUCACUAGUAACCCACGCACGCACAUUCUCAAGGAGUUGGCGGAGUACUGCAGCGAUGCGAAUGACAAAGAAAAAUUGAAAUUGAUGGCAUCAACCAGCGCGGAGGGCAAAGCCGCGUAUCAGCAAUGGAUAGUUCAAGAAAACAGAAAUAUUGUACAUAUCUUGGAAGACAUUCCUAGCUUGAAGCCAGCCUUGGAUCAUCUUUGUGAGAUUUUACCGAGAUUACAAUGUCGAUACUAUUCGAUCUCUUCUUCCCCUAAGCUGCAUACAACAUCAAUUCAUAUUACUGCGGUUGUAGUGGAAUAUAAAACGCCUACAGGUAGAAUUAACAAAGGUGUGACAACCAGUUGGUUAAAGGAGAAACAUCCUUCAAAUCCACCGUGUUAUGUUCCUAUUUUCGUGCGAAAAUCUCAGUUUCGUUUGCCAAAUCGACCGUCGAUUCCAAUCGUUAUGGUUGGCCCGGGCACUGGUAUAGCACCAUUUAGAGCAUUCAUACAGGAACGUGAUUUUGCCAGAAAGGAAGGAAAAGAAGUUGGAGAGACGAUCUUGUAUUUUGGAUGCAGAAAGAAAGAUGAAGAUUUCCUUUACAAGGAAGAACUCGAGGAGUAUGUAAAAAGUGGUACUUUAAUUUUACACACUGCAUUUAGCAGAGAGCAGGCUCAGAAAGUGUACGUUACACAUUUAUUAGAAAAGAACAAAGAUGAAUUAUGGAGAGUUAUUGGUGAACAAAAUGGACAUAUAUACGUGUGUGGCGAUGCGAAAAACAUGGCACGCGAUGUGCACAACAUUUUAUUAAAAGUUGUAAUGGAAAAAGGGAAAAUGUCGGAGUUAGAUGCUGCGGAUUAUAUCAAGAAAAUGGACUCUCAAAAACGUUAUUCAAGCGACGUAUGGAGUUAGUUGAGUGACGUUAUUUAACCUUCGGCCGGCGAAUGAGAAAUCCGAACUGGACCUCGCAUUCGCCGGCCCACGUUGCUAGUCGGCAGAGCACCCGCCGUACGAGGGUUAAUUUAAUUUCAUGAAUAUUUAUAGCUUAAAUUGUUUAAAUUUUAUGAAAAUAUACCUUUAUGAGAAAGGUCAACGAUAAUCACCUUCCGUAUAAUUGUACGAUAUACAUAUAUAAUUUAUAUAGGCAUAAAUUAAUAAAAACAAAAGAUAAAGAAUUACGAUGAAGUGAAAAGAAGCACUGUUUUUAGCCCAGAAUUUACCGAAUUUCGCGGGACUCGUUGUGAUAAAAUAAAGUACGUAAAAUUUAUUAUUACAAAUUGUCAAAAGAACAUUUGAUUUACACAUCUUAAAUAUUUUUUAAAUCCUCUUGCAUUGUUUGGAUCAUUUGCAAGAUUGAAACUAAAUAUAAAAUAUUUAAAAAUUGCUGUUUCUCUUCUUCAUCAAUCUUAAAAAUUAUGAAAUAAAGUUAUUACAUGUAAUAACUUGCACCUUCGUUGUAAAAAAAAAUGGCAUAAUUUCUAUGGAACCGCGAGCAUUUCUUCGUCUGUAUAUGUUAAUACCACAUUCAGUAAACAAACGGAAGAAACUAAGAUUGCUCGUUUCCACUUUAUUUUUACAUAUUUGAACAUUUCUAUUUAAAACGUACAAUCGUACAAAAUAUACUAAUUGAUAAUUAUAGACACGAGCAAAAUUAUAUAAGCACUAAUUGUAUUUAUUAUACAUAUAUAAGUAGCUAAUGAAUUUUAUAUGAAAGAAUCUAUUCAAUGAUACAAUGUUGAAAGAUUACAGUGAUAAAACUUUUUAUGGAAAUUAAUAGAGUGCAAUAACGAAUUUCAACUAUACUUUUACAUUCGAGAGAAGACAGAGAUAAAGAUAUAAUCUUUAUACAUUCUGAGAUGAUCGUUCAAAGGCAUUAUACACAAAUAUUUUUCCUAUGUUAAAAUGGAAAUGAGAAUGAGUAUAUGCCAUUUUGAAGAAUUUGUCAUUUUACAUUUUCUUAAAAUGAGCUGUUGCUAUUGCAGUUAUGAUCAUCCUAGAAAGACAUAAAUUAAUGAUCUUUAUUAAACUUGAAAUAUUUUAAAUACGUGUAUAAAUAAAAUGAUGUAAUUAAAGAAGUAUUUUCUCAAA